AUGCCAGAAGAGAAAUACCCCAUCGGAAGCCGCUCCGAGUGCGAGAAGAUGGUCCGCGACUGGGGGUUUUCGCAUGUUUUUACGUGGACGGAUCCGAGCAACGCAUACUACCCACCCCACUCCCACGCCGGCAUCACCACCCACCUCAUCCGCCGCGGCUCCCUGACCAUCACGUACCCGGAGGACAACGCGAAAUUGCACAAUGGCCAAGUGGUCAAGGAGACGUACGGCGUGGGGUCGAGGAUCGAUGUCCCUGCGGGGAAGGUCCAUGAGGUGUGGAUUGGGGAGGAGGGGUGUGAGUAUGUUAUUGGUGAGUGA